GCCGGCCUGCGCGGACCUCGUCCCGAGUCCCCGGAGCUUCCUCACGCCCUCCGGCCCUACAUGGUCACCGCGGCUUCCCCGCGCGAAAGAGCUCAUGCAAACGCUCAGGGAGGCCGCCGCGGCGAACGGUGAGAAGAGACUUGACAAGCCAAUUAAAAAUACACUUGGGAGACAAAAUGUGGAAGAACAGCAAACAGUAUAUUUUUUAAUAAAGCAAUGGAAGAGCCCAGCAAGGAACGUCAGACGGCGGAGUAGCAGCGGAAGCUUUCAGUACUGAGUCUCCAGGCUGACUUUGGUUCAGGGCUCGCAGCAGCAGGGAUCGCUGAGCAAAGAGUGCCUCGGGUAGUUGGCCAAGAUGCCGAAUAUCAAAAUCUUCAGCGGCAUCUCCCACCAGGACUUGUCCCAGAAAAUUGCUGACCGCCUGGGCCUGGAGCUAGGCAAGGUGGUGACUAAGAAAUUCAGCAACCAGGAGACCUGUGUUGAAAUUGGCGAAAGUGUCCGCGGAGAGGAUGUCUACAUCGUUCAGAGUGGCUGCGGUAAAAUUAAUGACAAUCUAAUGGAGCUUCUGAUCAUGAUUAAUGCCUGUAAGAUUGCCUCCGCCAGACGGGUCACCGCAGUCAUCCCGUGCUUCCCGUACGCCCGGCAGGAUAAGAAGGAUAAGAGUCGGGCUCCGAUCUCAGCCAAGCUGGUUGCAAAUAUGCUCUCCGUAGCAGGUGCAGAUCAUAUUAUCACCAUGGACCUUCAUGCUUCUCAAAUCCAGGGCUUUUUCGACAUCCCUGUGGACAAUUUGUAUGCAGAACCAGCUGUCCUGAAGUGGAUAAGGGAGAAUAUACCUGAGUGGAGGAAUUGCACUAUCGUCUCACCUGAUGCGGGGGGAGCCAAGAGAGUUACGUCCAUCGCAGACCAGUUGAAUGUUGACUUUGCCUUGAUUCAUAAAGAACGGAAGAAGGCCAAUGAAGUGGACCGCAUGGUGCUGGUAGGAGACGUGAAGGACCGGGUGGCCAUUCUGGUGGAUGACAUGGCUGACACUUGUGGCACGAUCUGCCAUGCAGCCGACAAACUUCUUUCAGCUGGAGCCACCAGAGUUUACGCUAUCCUGACUCACGGGAUCUUUUCUGGCCCCGCCAUUUCUCGCAUUAACAAUGCAUGCUUUGAAGCAGUAGUGGUCACCAAUACCAUCCCUCAGGAGGAUAAGAUGAAGCAUUGCUCCAAAAUACAGGUGAUCGACAUUGCCAUGAUUCUUGCAGACGCCAUCAGGAGAACUCACAAUGGGGAAUCUGUUUCCUACCUGUUCAGCCAUGUCCCUUUAUAAUAGAAUAACUUCUGAGGCUUUUAAAAAAUAAAGUGAACCCUUUCCCUUGUUAAAACAAAUAAAUAAAUAAAGCAAUGGAGGACUUGCCCAA